AUGGAAAGUAAUAAGAAAUAUUCUACAAAAUAUUAUUGGGACAAUAGAUUUAAAGAAGAAGAGACAUAUGAAUGGAUUGCUAAUUUUGAAGAAUUUGGUAAUAUUUUAUUAAAAUACUUAAAACCAGAUGAUAAAAUUUUACAUAUUGGUUGUGGGAAUAGUAAAUUGUCACAACAACUUUUUGACAGAGGUUUCAAAAAUAUAACAAAUUUGGACUUUUCUUCUGUUAUUGUUGAAAAAGGAAUAAUAAAUGAAUCUCAUUUUUCUUGGACGUGUGACGACAUAACAAAACUUAAAACUAUACCAUCAAAAUCAUUUGAUAUUGUUCUUGAGAAAGCGGUUAUAGAAUCGAUAACAACCAAAGAAAAAAGUCCAUGGAAUUAUUCAAAAGAAACUUCAAAUGACUUAGAUAAUAUAUUUCAGUCAAUACAACGUGUUUUAAAGAUUGGUGGAAAAUUUAUUAGUAUAUCUUUCACACAGCCACAUUUUCGAAUUCCACAUAUGUUAAGAUAUCCGUUUUGGGACAUUGUUACUGACACGUUUGGCACACAUUUUCAUUUUUUUAUUUAUGUAUCUACACUAGGAUGUAAACCAUCAAAAGAAAUAUUUGAAAAGUACGAAAAUUUUUUAAAUAGAAAAACGAGUGAUAAUUUAAGAUUAAAUAAUAAGGAAAAGAGUGAAUUAAAGUUAAAUCAAAUACAAAACGACAAGGAAUUGAAAGAGGAUGAAAAUUCAAUUCUCCAAUGGUUGACUCUUUAG